CUUUUCGACACUUUUGACAAACUCUCUUGUGGCCAUAAAUCCUUCUCGGAUGGACAAUUCUCCUUAGUUUAGAUUGGCGGAAAGACAGAUAAGCGUCUUUAUUAGCAGGAGAGUAAAGAGAUAUUGUGAUGGCGAAAGCAACAGUAGCGCUACUGGCAAUGGUAAUUUGUGCUACACUGCCACUCGCCUACUCUAACAAUUUCGUUACAUCGGCUUGCAAAACUACAGCUGAGCCUGAGCUUUGUGUUUCAAGUCUCUCAGGCAUACAUGGAUUCCCUCACUUGAUUCCCACAAAACUGCUCAACGCAGCCAUUAAAGCCUCGAUGAGUUUGGUGCAAAAGACAUCGACCAUAGCUGUGGGUCUCUCAGGGAAAGCGUCACCUGGACUAGAGAAGAUUGCUCUUCAAGACUGUAUCGGCCUCUUGGACGAUACGGCCGACCACCUGAGUGAAGUGCUCCAGCAUGUUUUAAGUCGGAAUUUCAGUUCCAACAAUUUUAAGGUGAGCAGCAUCAACGUGUUUCUGAGCGCUGGUUUGACAAAUCAGGACACCUGCAUUGAAGGUAUGGCGGUGACAAAUGGGGUCGUUAAAUCUCAGCUGCAGAGUAGCGUACAGCGAGUUUCGCGUUCAAUCAGUGCUGCACUUGCCAUGUUUAUGGCAAUUGUUAAAAAAGUUGGUGUCAACUCUGCUCAUAACCGCCGUUUGUUAUUUGCUGAGAAUGGUGAAACGGGUGAUUUUCCUGCAUGGUUAUCAUCCUCAGAUCGUAGGCUUCUGCAGGUCUCUCCAAGCGAUGUACAGGCGGACGCUGUGGUGGCUCAGGAUGGUUCCCGGAAUUACACUACAAUCGCCGAUGCUGUGAACGCUGUCCCUGAAAAGAGCAAGCAGAGGUACGUUAUCUAUGUGACUGCAGGUGUGUAUUAUGAGAACAUUGAGAUCAGUAAAAAGAAGAAAAAUCUCAUGCUGAUUGGCGACGGAAUAGAUUCCACCAUCAUCACAGGGAAUAAAAGCGUGGUGGACGGCUCAACAACAUUCCGUUCUGCAACUUUCGCUGUGAAAGGCGCAGGAUUUAUAGCUCGUGACAUUGGCUUUCAGAACACAGCUGGGCCAUACAAACACCAGGCCGUGGCCCUUCGAGUAGGAUCGGAUCUCUCAGUCUUCUAUCGCUGCAGCUUUGACGGCUACCAAGACACUCUCUACGCUCAUUCUCUUCGCCAAUUUUACAGAGAUUGUGAAAUUUACGGUACAGUAGAUUUCAUCUUUGGCAAUGCAGCGGCAGUCAUACAGGGCUGCAAAAUAAUGCCGAGGAAACCCAUGGAACAGCAAACCAUUACCAUCACAGCUCAGGGAAGAAACGAAGGAAACGAGAACACUGGAUUUUCUCUUCAUGACUGCAAUGUAACCAAUGCCCCUGACUAUGUUCCUGUGCCAGCUUAUCUGGGAAGGCCAUGGAAAGAGUACUCUAGAGUUGUAUUCUUGCAAUGUUAUCUUGACGAUAUUAUUGAGCCACAGGGUUGGGCGCAAUGGAAUUCAUCAGACUUCGCAUUAAACACUCUCUACUAUGGGGAGUACAUGAACUAUGGACUAGGCGCAGAUCUUCAUGCGCGCAUAAAUUGGCCGGGCUAUCACGCUCUGGACACUUUACAGGCCGACAAAUUCACAGUUGCUGAAUUCAUCCGAGGCGACGAGUGGCUUCCAUCAACCGGAAUUUCGUAUUUUCCUGGUCUAAAAGACUAGAUUUUUCAGUAACUUUUGCUUGAAUGAAGUCACCAAGAUAGCAUGAUAUUUCUUUGCUAAUGUCUUGUAUUGGACAGUCUGGUUUCUCUAAGAGUCCUCAAAAAAACCAUGUAACAAGCGUCAUAUUAUGUAAAGAUGUCUGUGUGCUGUUGAACAUAUACAAAAUCUGGUAUG